GUGCUCAAAACCCUAAGCCUGUUAAACCUGGAAAAGGGCAGCACAGCUUUUGCAAGGGCAGCACAAUUUUGCAUUGUGUUCCAACUUCCAAGCAUCAGCAGGGACCCCAGCCCGCAUUGAAAGAAAAGAUGGCGACAGCUGUUCCUGUCAUCGUUGCUCUGGAUUGGACGCCAAACACCAACCACACCGGCUUCUUUGUUGCCAAGGAGAAAGGGUGGUACGAACAAGAGGGGCUCGAUGUGAAAUUGCUGAGCCCGCACGUGGAUGGCUAUAAGAAGACCCCUGCUUCCAGGGUGACUGACAGAACUGCGACAUUUGCACUGGCGCCCUCAGAGACUGUUUUGAGCAACUAUACCAGCCCCGACAGAGACAACCUGGUGUCGGUGGCAACGCUCCUCCAAGAUGACCUCAGCGCAAUUGUGACGCUCAAGAGCAGCGGCAUUUCGCGGCCAAAAGAAUUGGACGGAAAGAAGUAUGCAUCCUACGGGGCGCGCUAUGAGGGUAGAAUUGUCCAGGCUCUGAUCAAAGCCGACGGAGGCAAAGGCGACUACGCGGAGGACACCCCUGAGAAACUGGGCAUCUGGGAGACGCUCCUGAAGGGGGAGGCCGACGCCACGUGGGUCUUCCGGGGGUGGGAGGGGGUCGAGGCGCAGCUCAAGGGGGUGGAACUGAACGACUUCGUGCUCAAAGACUUCGGGAUUCCGUACGGCUACUCCCCCGUAGUGGUCGCCCACCCGGACACGCUGCAAAACAAGCCGGAAGUCGUGCGCGCAUUUUUGAGGGCGACCGCGAAGGGCUUCGAGUACGCAUACAAGAACGUGGAGCUGGCGGCGAGCAUCCUAGAGGACCUGUCCAAGAAGGAAGAGCCAGGUUUGGAGUCCCCCCUAGACCCGAGCCUCGUGCUCGCGUCCCAGCGGGUACUGUCCGAACACUACCUAAAUGCGGACGGCCGAUGGGGCAUUCAAUCGGAUAAAGUGUGGGACACGUACCUUGAUUGGCUCUCCGCUGAGGGCUUGCUGACGUCAGCCCGGCAGUCACGUGCCCCGGUCGAGGGAGUCAGCGCGUCGCUAGACGAUCUGAGAGCGGGAAAGGUGGGGGAAAAGAUCUCGAGGGAGAGUGUAAAGUCUGCCGAGCUGUUUACGAAUGAGUACCUAGGUUAGGUGGAAAGGCUGCGCACUCAUGCACGCAAGAAAUUUUGUUCUUAAAUGGUCGAGUCCGCUGUGUUUACAUGAACCUUCCGCGUUGUUGCUUCGUGAGCGGAGCCCCGCUUUACAAAUGAGAUCGAACCAGUGAACCCCGCACAGCUCGCAUAGAAUCUAGCGGUAGACGACAAAGUGCAGGAGAACCCUUCUGCAAGCGUGAGGCUCAAAUUCUUGGAGUGCGAUUUCAAAAAUCAUGUUACGUUCAUUAUCAUGAUCAACCGCAACAAGGUCACAGGCUCCCCAACGUUACUAC